GAUUCAGUCUGCCUAUCCGUGACGUCAGCUGAACGAGUAGCGAUAACGACAGAUGGCUGGACGUCAUGCUCAAAUCAAGGGUAUGUGACAAUUACCUCUCAUCACAUUGAUCCGGAGUGGAAAAUGAAGACCUUUGUUCUGCUAAACAGAGUUUUAAAUGAAGCCCAUACUGGUAAAAAUAUUGCCGCGUUACUGCGUGAAGCCUGCAUGGAGUGGAAAAUCUACGACAAGAAUCCUGCCAUCGUCACAGAUAACGCCAGGAAUAUGAUUGUGGCCGGUGCAGAAGCCAGUUCAGUACACACAUUACCUGCUUCGCACAUACACUCAACCUUGCCUCGCAGAAGGGUUUGGGGGUGGACCGUGCUUCCAGGUUGUUGGGGAAAGUGCGAAAAAUUGUUGGAUAUUUUCACCGCAGCCCGAUUGCAUGUCACGCCCUACAGGGAAAAACAAACUCUGAUGGAUUUACCAAAACAUAAACUGAUCCAAGACAUAAUCACCAGAUGGAACAGUUCAUUCGAAAUGCUUGAACGUUUUUUGGAACAACAGCCAGCUAUAAUGGCAACUCUGAUGUCCAAGGAUCUACGAAAGGGGGUCACAGAUGUAGGCACGCUGAGUGAGAGUGAUAUUGCCAACAUGGAUGACAUUGUUCAGUUGAUGGGUCCUGUCAAAAUGGCAACCACUGUGAUGUGUGAAGAAGACCAGCCAACUCUCUCUGUAAUUGCUCCUCUUCAAGCAAAACUGCUGAAACACCUACAGCCAUGCGAAGACGACUCAACCCUGGUUGCAGAGAUUAAGAGGGUGAUGGCCAGUGACCUCUCCACACGCUACAGAGGCACCCAAGAUGCUCUCAACAUAGCAUCAGCGUUGGACCCGCGAUUUAAAGAACUGCCCUACCUGGAAAAAGAGGACAGAGAACAGGUCUACACAAAACUGGUUUUUGAGGCAGAAGUGUCCCACCAGAUGCAAGCAAUGGGAAAUCAGGAGGAAGACGAGGGAAGCUCAAGCACAAAGCUGUCAGGAUUCAAUGAAGAGACCACAGCUCCAAAUGAGUCACCUCCUUGUAAGAAGAAAGCCUUAGAUGCGCUGUUUGGCGAUUCCUUCACCCAAAGAGAAAGAAAAUCCACAAGCGAGACAGCCAGAGCAGAGGUGUUAAAGGCACCAGUGUGCCAGCAGAACGAGUUUUUAGUACUGCUGGCGACAUAG